CUCGCUCAACCACAACCAUUGAGACUUGUCCGUGGCCCCACUGCCCGCAUACGCUGUCAAUGCAGAAGCUGAUACGGGCGAACGGGGUCAUGAUCACGACUUUCCCUCGUUGAGCGCUCCCUCCUCCGUGCCAACUUGCAGGCGCAUCUCUCACGUCCUACGCGCUCCAGCUGCUGAACCGUUGUUCUCCAGGGACCCUCGAGCCCUCGCAGACCCACACAACCAUUGAAGAUGAAGUCACGAAUGAUGUCGUCUUCCCUGGGACUAUUCCCCCUUCUACUCUCUUGUGCCUCUGCCAGCGUUCCAGGCGCUGGUGGAAUCCAAGAACCUCUGAGAGGUCCUAUUGACCCAACCAAAUACAAGGCAGCAUGUCCCGACUACAGGAGCUAUGCUAUGCGCCAACACCCACCGUAUAGCGAAGGCCCGCUCGAGCUUCCCUUCCAACGGCCAUCGAAGUACUGCCGCACCUUCGAGUCGCCGCUCGUCGAGAAGGUCAUAGACGAUAUGAACAAGAAGUUGAUGGACAAGGACCUGGCACGCAUAUUCGAAAACGCAUUCCCGAAUACGCUUGACACUACAGUCCGGUGGCACGCCGACGGUACCGUGAAGCAUAAAUCAAGAAAGACGUGGGAUUCGAAUGCUUGGAAAGGCCCGCAGAGCUUUAUAGUUACCGGAGACAUCAAUGCGGAGUGGCUACGAGACUCUACGAACCAAUUGGCGCAAUACCAGCUGCUGGCAAAGAAAGAUAAAGAGAUCCACCAGCUAAUUCUAGGCGCUAUCAACACCCAAGCGGAGUAUGUGAUUGGAUCGCCAUAUUGCAAUGCCUUCCAGCCGCCUCCACCCAGCGGGUUGAACCCGACGUACCAAGGCGAUGGCGACACCGUUCAUCCAGGGUACGAAAACUCCUUCGUCUUUGAAUGCAAGUAUGAGCUCGACUCUCUAGCUCACUUCCUCUCCCUGACAAACCAAUUCCACAACCACACCGGCUCCACCGAGUUCCUCACAGCCCGCUGGCUUCUCGCUUUGGAUACGUUACUGGAGGUCCUUAAAGCCCAGUCCAAGCCGACCUUUAAUGAGAAGACCGGCGCCUACGAGCGCAACGAAUACUCCUUCCAACGGCAAACCAACACCGGCACCGAGACCCUCAACCUAGGCGGUGUCGGCAAUCCCCUAAAUAGUGGAACAGGCCUCAUUCGGAGCGCCUUCCGCCCCAGCGAUGACGCCACCAUCCUCGGCUUCUUUAUCCCUGCGAACGCCAUGAUAUCGGUUGAGCUUAAGCGUACUGAAGCCAUGCUCCGCAAAGCAGGCAAGAAGCAGCUUGCCGAAAGCGUUCAAACAUGGAGUAAAACCAUCGAGGACGGAAUCUGGGAACACGGAGUGGUGCAACACAAGAAAUUCGGCAGGGUCUUCGCCUUUGAAGUCGACGGCUACGGCUCCUCCAUCCUCAUGGACGACGCAAAUCUCCCGUCUCUGCUCGCGCUUCCCCUACUCGGCUUUGUCAGCGCAGAUAACGAAGUCUACCAAAACACGCGCAAGAUGAUCCUCCAGAAGCCCGGAAACCCAUACUACCUCUCCGGCGACGAAUUCCAUGGCAUCGGCGGCCCGCACGUUGGACUCCGGCACGCGUGGCCAAUGAGCGUUCUCGUGCAGGCCAUGACGAGCGAGAGCGACGAGGAGAUUAUGAGGUGUCUUGGUGCGGUGAAGAAUGUGAGUAGGAAUGGGCUUAUUCAUGAGAGCGUUAACGUGGACUAUGGGUCGGAUUAUACCCGGAGUUGGUUCGCCUGGGCGAACUCGGUGUUUGCGCAGACUAUUUUGGACUUGGCUCAGAGGAAACCGCAUUUGCUGUUUGGUAAGGACGCGGAGCCGUACACGAUCGGGUGAGUUUGGAGGUAGAAAGACACAAAUAAUUGAUUUAAAGUCCAUCAUUGCUCAAUCAAAACUGC